GAAAGACUGUCCUGAAUUGUGUUCUAUGUUACUAAAACAUAAUGCCAAGAUUGAUGCAGUGGAUAAAGAUGGAAACCAACCACUACACUUGGCUUGUAAACUAAGGCAUGCAGCAACUGGCAAUUUAUUGUUAUCUCAUGGGGCUGAUGUAACUGCUCUAAACAAGCAACAACAAAGACCUUUACAUUUGGCUAAUGAAUCAAUAUUAAACUCUUUUCAAGUACACAGUGGUGAUCAUGCUCUACACAUAGCAGCUAGAAAUAAUGACAUUCAUACAGUCCAGCUGUUAGUGGAUUGUGGAGCAGAUGCAAAUGCAUUGAAUGAAGAUGGACAAACACCACUACAUAUAGCAGCUGGUAGAGACAAAGACUGUUCUGAAUUGUGUUCUAUUUUACUGGAACAUAAAGCCAAGAUUGAUGCAGUGGAUAAAGAUGGAAACCAACCACUACACUUGGCUUGUAAAAGGCUUAAUUCUAAAUCUAAGCAAGUCUUGUUGAAUCACAAUGCUGAUGCAAAUGUUUUAAACAACAAGAAAUACAAACCCUGGCAUUUGGCAAGCCAACAAUUGACGUGCAAUGGUAACAAUGCUUUGUAUAAAGCAGCUGAAAGUGCUGAUUUACACACAGUUCAGCUGUUGGUGGAUUGGACUGCUGAUGUAAACGAAGUGAACGAAGAUGGACAAACACCACUACAUGCAGCAGCUGGUGGAGACAAAGACUGUCGUGAAUUAUGUAAAUGCAUUGAAUGA